AAAGGAGAAGUGAUUCGUUGGCCCAUUCUUAUUUUCAUUUUGGGAUUAGGGUUCCAUUGGUUGCUUUUGGUUACCAAGUUCAACUACACACCAUGCCACCUUCAAAGAUUAUGACCCAACCUAUAAACUUGAUAUUUCGAUUCUUGCAAAACCGAACCAAGGUUGUUAUUUGGUUAUACGAAGAAACGAACUUUAGGAUUGAGGGAAGAAUUAGCGGUUUUGAUGAGUACAUGAACUUGGUAUUGGAUGAGGCAGUUGAAUGGAAUGUUAAGAAGAACACAAGAAUCAAUCUGGGUAGAAUUCUUCUCAAAGGUGAUACAAUAACACUGAUUCAACCUGCACAAACUUAACAGAGGGAGAGGAGCUCCAAAACAACUUUGUGACGUUUCGGCAGACAAUAACGUACUCUGCCAUUAUUUGUAGGUACAGAGUGGAUAUCAAAUAUGCAUAAUAAAAGUGACCGAAAAUCAACUUGUUUCGGAGUUGCUUUUCUAUGAACUUGCUUCUUUUGACU